UUCGGAUGAAGAAGAAGAUGAAUCCAGCCCGAGGCGGUCCUCAAUAUUAGUCACGCCUGGUCCCUCUCCCCGUAAGGAAAAGAGAAUCAGCUUUGCCGGGGCAGUUGACAAAGUCUUCAGAGUUGUCACUCCCGAAAUACUUAAGAGAGACCUCGCAGCGACAUUGGGAAUGCCCACUCCUCCCAAUUCCAGAGAUGUUAUCGAUCUUCCAGAACUUUCUAAUAUGGAUGGGCUCAGUCCAGAGGAACGGUUUAGUGUAUACGAGGAGAAGAUCCUCCAGUUCAGAGAUCAGGCAUUAAAGAUAGUGUCAGAAAACUCAAGGUUAAAGAAGUUGGUGUCCGAACAAAGUGCACAAGAUGUGGAGACUGUCCAAAAGCAGGCUCAACAAGUCCUUCAAGAGAACCGCAUCCUCAUUAAGGAGCAACAAAUGAACGAAGCCCGGUGGCAGGAGCUGAUAGAGGAGAGAAACCAGGAGGUUUUGAGAAUGAGAGCAACUUGUUCAAACAUGGAAGAUCAGAACACGACUCUCCUCAAGCGGUGUGAGAAGUUGGAGGGAAGGAAUGAAGAGCUUAGGGAGGCGUACAACAGCAUCGUGUCCACAGUUACCCAAGCGGACGACUUUGUUCCUGUCUCCGCUCACCUGAGCUCGGUGGAGGGAUACAAAGUAGCUCUGGAAGAGCUGAGAAAGAGAUAUGAUGAUAACGUGCAUGAUAAGGAGGAUGAGAUGGAGGGACUGGAGAAAACAGUUGCUCAGUUGUCUGAACGCGUCGAGGUAUUAGAGGAGGAUAAAUCUCUUCUGGUUGGGCAAUGUAAAGGACUGAAAGGAGCCCUAGAAAAAGCUCAACACAGCUCAACCCGUCACAAAAGAGAGGCAGUGCAACUAACGCAACGAAUCAACACGCUCAAAGUGUCCUUAGCUCAGGCUAUAAACAUUGCCGAGCAAAGUACUCUUCACAAACUCGAACUUGCCGAGAUUUUACAGAUAUCUGAUCUUCAAGAGAAACAGAAACGUUCUACCCACAAGCAUAGCACCGAUACCAGGGUCAAAGAAGUCAAGAAAAUUGCAAACGCAAAGCUAAAAUCCUGCGCUGAAAUUUUACAGGAGCGAGAGGAGGAGCAUGAUCGGAGUAUCUCAAAACUGAACGACAGAAUAACCAAGCUCAAGAUGCGGUGUCACAACAAGGACGAUAUGAUCCAUAAUUUAACGAACUCUGACAGGACUCACUCGCCCGAGUCCGCAUAGAUUUUAGUUUGGAUGCUUCGCAGCCGAGAGCAUAGCUCAGAGUUUUGUAUAAUUUUGUUUAUGAUGUAAUUUCUUGUAUUUGUAAUGCUAAUUUAUAUUAUUGUUUGCCCUAACAUUUUUAGGGCUUGGAAAA